UCGGAGCAACACCUUCCAACAAAAAGUUUUUCCCACUUCCAAACCGUACGCCGGCGGGGGCCUGGGGCCCAACCAUCAUGAACCAAAUCUUCGACAAUGACGUGGAAAGCUUCGACCUGGACGGCACCGCAAAGCUGGUCUCGCCGCAAGAGGAAGUCAGCUUCAAGGGCAUGCGCCCGCUCGACUGCCUCGUCUGCCAGAUGAAGGAGUGCUACAAGCGCGGCGAGGCCCUCGUGGCCACCCUCAAGGGGCUCAAAGUCAUCGACAACACGUACUACGGCACGCACUCGUCGCAAGACUGCGUCGAGCUCACCGUGAUUUUCUACGCGCCGCCCAAGCGCUGGAUGGACCUGAUCAACCGGAACCCGGAUCUCAACCCCAAGGCGCACUGCUACAUCAGCGAGUACCACUGUCCGGACGAAGUUGUCACGGGGAUGAGCCCAUACGCCCCCAAGUACAACGUGUUUGACAAGAAGGACGGCAAGGCUCCGUACAAGAACUUCCCGCCGCAAAUUGAUGCGCUUCCCGUGAAGGCCCUCUCCUACCCGGAGGUCAACCUGUUCGGCUUCUGUGGCGACUACAUCGUCCAAUACUCGCCCCUCCUCGAUCGACUUUUCACGUCGGAGCCUCGGAUAGCAGCAGACAUGCUCUAGCGACUAGCCUCUAGCAGAGCCAGAGUGCAGAGAGGUUGUCGGCUAGGACGAGGACGAGGAGGGAGAAGUGGACGCUGCGCGUGUGUAUGAUAUUGUUUGAGAGGUCGUCACCGUGAGA